AGUGCUCUGGUCACAUGACGCAGUGACGUCGUUGCCGGAAGCAGCCUCGUUCUGGCCGUCAGGGCAACACCUAGAAAAAAAAAUACAUCCCCGACGACGCGCCUGAAGCCCCUAAUAUGGGCGAAUUUUAACACUAAAAACCAACUCGUUUCGGCACUUUACCCUUUAACACUACAAGAGGAAUCCGGUCGGUUGUGAUUUAGCUCGUUUUAACGGUCGUUUGAGCCAUGUCUCGGGGCGCGCUGCAGCCGAGCCAGCAGAAGCUGGCGGAGAAACUGACGAUCCUCAACGACCGCGGCAUCGGGAUGCUCACGCGCAUCUACAACAUCAAGAAGCAAGGACAAGUUUGGAAGGCCUGUGGAGAUCCCAAGGCAAAACCUUCCUACCUAAUUGACAAAAACCUGGAGUCAGCCGUGAAAUUCAUCGUCAGAAAAUUCCCAGCCGUUGAGACGCGCAACAACAACCAACAGCUUGCACAACUACAAAAAGAAAAGUCAGAAAUACUGAAGAAUCUAGCACUAUAUUACUUCACCUUUGUGGACGUUAUGGAAUUUAAGGACCACGUUUGUGAACUGCUGAACACUAUUGAUGUCUGUCAAGUUUUCUUUGACAUUACUGUAAAUUUUGACCUCACAAGGAACUACCUGGAUUUGGUGGUGACGUACACUACCCUGAUGAUGCUGCUUUCUCGAAUUGAGGAGCGCAAAGCGAUAAUCGGCCUGUACAACUAUGCCCACGAAAUGACACACGGUUCAAGUGAUCGAGAAUACCCCAGGCUUGGACAGAUGAUUGUGGACUAUGAAAACCCAUUGAAAAAGAUGAUGGAGGAGUUUGUUCCUCAUGGAAAAUCGCUGUCAGAUGCACUGGUCUCCCUGCAGAUGGUCUACCCACGCCGGAAUCUGUCUGCAGAUCAGUGGAGGAACGCUCAGCUCCUCAGUUUGAUUAGUGCUCCUAGCACCAUGCUCAACCCGGCUCAAUCCGACACGAUGCCCUGUGAAUACCUAUCCUUGGACACCAUGGAGAAAUGGAUCGUCUUCGGGUUCAUCUUGUGUCAUGCGGCUCUGAACAGUGACCCUGCGGCUCUCAGUUUGUGGAAGUUGGCUCUUCAGAGCAGUUCCUGUCUCUGUCUAUUCAGGGACGAGGUCUUCCACAUUCACAAAGCUGCCGAGGAUCUCUUUGUAAACAUUCGCGGUUACAACAAACGUGUCAAUGACAUCCGCGAAUGCAAGGAGUCUGCUCUGUCACAUGCGGGCUCCAUGCACAGAGAACGGCGCAAGUUCUUGAGGUCUGCCCUAAAAGAGCUCGCCACAGUUCUAGCGGAUCAGCCAGGUUUACUGGGUCCCAAGGCUCUGUUUGUGUUCAUGGCUCUCUCUUUCGCCCGUGAUGAGAUCAUUUGGCUGCUCAGACAUGCCGACAACAUUCAGAAGAAAAGCACAGAUGACUUCAUUGACAAGCACAUUGCAGAGCUGAUCUUUUACAUGGAGGAGUUGAGGGCACAUGUACGGAAGUAUGGCCCGGUGAUGCAGAGAUACUACGUGCAGUACCUAUCUGGCUUUGACGCUGUGGUGCUCAAUGAGCUUGUGCAGAACCUGUCAGUCUGCCCAGAGGAUGAAUCCAUUAUCAUGUCAUCUUUCGUGAACACUAUGACCUCUCUCAGUGUUAAACAAGUUGAAGAUGGUGAAGUGUUUGAUUUCAGAGGGAUGAGGCUAGACUGGUUUAGACUGCAGGCUUACACCAGUGUGUCCAAGGCCUCACUAGGACUGGCAGAUCACAGGGAGUUGGGAAAGAUGAUGAACACCAUCAUCUUCCACACCAAGAUGGUGGACUCUCUGGUGGAGAUGCUUGUGGAGACUUCUGACCUUUCCAUUUUCUGCUUUUACAGCCGAGCCUUUGAAAAGAUGUUCCAGCAGUGUCUCGAACUGCCGUCCCAGUCUCGAUACUCCAUCUCCUUCCCUCUGCUCUGCACCCACUUUAUGAGCUGCACCCAUGAGCUCUGCCCUGAAGAGGUGAGUCGCACUGACCUGGAAUCAGUCCAACAGGCCCCAAGAGGAGCACAAAUGUCAGAUUCACUUCACAGGAGGCACCACAUUGGAGACCGCAGCCUGUCCCUUUGCAACAUGUUCCUGGACGAGAUGGCCAAGCAAGCCCGCAACCUCAUCACAGACAUAUGCACAGAGCAGUGCACCCUGAGCGACCAGCUACUGCCAAAACAUUGUGCCAAAACCAUCAGUCAGGCCGUGAACAAGAAGUCGAAAAAGCAGACUGGGAAGAAGGGUGAACCGGAGAGAGAGAAACCUGGUGUUGAGAGCAUGAGGAAGAAUAGACUCCUGGUCACCAAUCUGGACAAACUGCACACUGCCCUCUCAGAGCUCUGCUUCUCCAUUAACUACGUCCCUAACAUGAUGGUCUGGGAGCACACCUUCACCCCACGCGAGUACCUGACCUCCCACCUGGAGAUCCGCUUCACUAAGUCCAUAGUUGGGAUGACCAUGUACAACCAGGCCACACAGGAGAUCGCCAAACCAUCAGAGCUGCUCACCAGCGUGCGGGCCUACAUGACAGUGCUGCAGUCCAUUGAGAAUUAUGUGCAGAUUGACAUCACCAGAGUGUUUAACAACGUGCUGCUGCAGCAGACCCAACACCUGGACAGCCAUGGAGAACCAACCAUCACCAGCCUCUACACCAACUGGUAUCUGGAGACUUUACUGCGGCAGGUUAGCAAUGGUCACAUCGCUUACUUUCCUGCCAUGAAGGCCUUCGUCAACUUGCCCACAGAGAAUGAGCUCACCUUCAAUGCAGAGGAGUAUUCCGACAUAUCUGAAAUGCGCUCGCUGUCUGAGCUGCUGGGUCCAUACGGGAUGAAGUUCCUCAGCGAGAGCCUCAUGUGGCACAUCUCUUCCCAGGUGGCCGAACUCAAGAAACUUGUGGUGGACAAUGUGGAGGUUCUUACCCAGAUGAGGACCAGUUUCGACAAGCCGGACCAUAUGGCAGCACUCUUUAAGCGGCUCACAUCGGUUGACAGCGUGCUGAAACGGAUGACCAUCAUCGGCGUGAUUUUGUCGUUUCGCUCUCUGGCUCAGGAAGCUCUCAGAGAUGUGCUGUCCUGCCACAUUCCCUUCCUGGUGAGCUCCGUGGAAGACUUCAAAGACCACAUUCCUCGUGAAACUGACAUGAAGGUGGCCAUGAACGUGUAUGAGCUGUCUUCUGCCGCAGGCCUGCCCUGUGAGAUCGACCCUGCUCUGGUUGUGGCUCUGUCUUCCCAGAAGUCUGAAAAUAUUAGCCCAGAGGAAGAGUACAAGAUCGCCUGCCUGUUGAUGGUCUUCGUGGCCGUUUCCAUGCCGACCCUGGCCAGCAACGUGAUGUCACAGUACAGUCCCGCAAUAGAAGGUCACUGCAACAACAUUCACUGUCUGGCUAAAGCGAUAAACCAGAUUGCCGCUGCGCUGUUCACUAUCCACAAGGGCAGCAUAGAGGAUCGCCUGAAAGAGUUUCUUGCCCUCGCCUCCUCCAGCCUGCUGAAGAUUGGACAGGAGACGGAUAAAACCACUACACGAAACAGGGAGUCUGUUUACCUGCUUCUGGACAUGAUCGUUCAAGAAUCACCAUUCCUCACCAUGGACCUCUUGGAAUCCUGCUUCCCAUAUGUCCUGCUCCGGAAUGCCUACCAUGCCGUAUACAAGCAGUCUGUGUCUUCAUCCGCGUAAGAGUUCCUGUGUGAAGAGCACUCGAGGGGCGGAUACUUCAACCCUCAUUCCAUAUUCCUCUGUAGGAUUCUCCAAUGUUAUAGUCUUACCAGUUCAAGACUUUUAAUGGGAUCAAAUCUUUUAUAACACUGAAUAAAGAGGGAAAAAAGGAAAAAAAUGAUUUGUUUAUUGUCCACUUACAAUAAUCGAAUUUGAUCCCAGGGACUAGUGACACUAAUUACCUUUUUUUUUUUCUUUUUUUUUUUUUUUUGGUUUGUGUUUUAAUUUGCAAUGGUUAAACUUGGAAACAAACACAUUAAAUAGUUAAUUGUGUGUGGUGGGACAUGGGGGGAGGGCAAGGGUGAAUUGUUAAAAACUCUACAUCAUGCUAAAAUGCUUGUUGCGAUAACAGAUGCCUCUAUGAAACAGUGAUUCUUUUUUUGAUGUUGUUCUAGAUCUAAUCUGUGUGGGUUACUGCGUGCUUUCUCUCUCUCUCUCCCUCCCUGUGAAUUUGCAUUUAUUUUUCAUUACACUUUGUGUUUCUUUGACAUACUUGCCAAAUUGAUAGAUAUAACAUCUCAUUUGGAUUGAAAAGGCAGAAUUGUGCAUAACUACAUGUUAUAAAAGCAACCUAGUGUUGUUUGUACAAAGCAUAGUAUAAUUUUUUAACUAACUUUCAUGAUGCCUUGUGGCAUUGACACUCCAUUGUACCUGUCUGUGAGCUAUAAUAAACAUUCUUACAUAUUUAUUGAAUGUUUAUCAGUUGUUCCCCCCCUCCUCUCCCUUAAACGGUUUUAUAUGUUUUGGAUUUUUUGGAAAUGACAAUGUAUCUUCCAUAACAUGAAUAAACAUCAGGUCAUAUGCA